UUUUCCUUCUCGACCAUCACUCCGGCCCUCGAUGGACGGUUUUGACUCUAGACACAAGUCCCCACAAGAUUUAGUCGCGAUUUUCCAUGCCUCAUUUCAUCCUACCAGGGGUAAUGUCAUAGAUUGGUCCUUGAAGGCGAGCGACGAUAUCGAACUCGAUAAUCUCGAGUUCAGCACGCUUCCUAGUGGACUACAUCUGGUCGAUCAAGACGUAAUAUACUUUUCGAACAAUGGUCAUCAAGGGAUAUGUGCGUUUAGGAGGGUAAAGACCGCCGAAGAGGGACAACGCGGCUUUCGUUUAUCUUCCUUGGGCAUCCUAGUUGCGAAAUCUGCACGACCGAAACCUUGGUUACAUAUUUCUGCCCUUCAGGACCUCAUUGCAAUGCUCUAUUCAAGAAAUGAACUCUCCAACCCUCUUGCACCGUCCAAAGCAGACUGGGGCCCAUCGCAACGUUAUUUCGAAGCUCACAGGUUUCGGGGCAUCGACACGGGAGGGGCAGGGGAAGGCUCAUGGAAAGGUUGGAGUUAUGAACUUGAUGGGGACGACUCGGAUCGUUCACAUUCCAAUCCAACCCUCCACCUCCCACAUCUAUUGCGUAUACUUGGCCCAUCGACACUCACUCUCUAUAAACAUGUUGUCGGCCGCAAGAGGAUACUAAUAUACACCCUCCCACCUGUCGAAGCGGCGUGUAUUCUUUGUCAGAUAGCAGCAGACUUCUGCUACGAAGAACAGGUUGAACCAUCACCUGAGUGUGCCAGCAGUAGCAGGCUUGGUCGUUUGGUUGGCAAGAAUAGAGAACCAAUAAGUGUGCUCGGAAUGAUAACUUUGUCCGACCUUGACAAGUUACAAGCUGAGACUCAGACAGGACGAGGUUGGAUCGCUUGCACAACUGAUGCCAUUUUCCUCGAGAAACCCUCACACUACGAUCUCUUAAUUGAUCUAACAACCUCCACGCCCAAUAAAUCGACACGCCCGACUUUUUAUUCUUCACGAGCUACAGAACCAACCACCGCCAGAGGACCUACUCAUCGUUUGUCAACCAUCCGUUUCGCUUGGAGCGAUGUAAAAUUAUGGAAUGAACUAGAUCGCAUUCUGCAACUAGACCCUUCAUGUUCCCACCCCGGCGGUUGUUGUUCACCCUUAAAUCCUAGCGAUGCCUUAAAAUCGCAAUAUGUCGCAGCUUGGACCGAUGUUUGGCGAGUGUACGAAGAUGUCUGCCUAGUCUGUGCUGGGCUUUGGAUGGGAUCGUGGCGCGGUAAUUCGACUGCAUCUUACUCUACGGCGAAUGGUGCAAGAAAUUGGGGUACCGUUCGCCUAGAAGGAGAUGACGAUCUCUCUUAUGAUGGACUCAGUGAGGGGGGGCAGAUGCGUAACUUAGGACAAGGUAUUGAAGGGAGGCCCGCGCCCGCGACCACAUCCAGAUCUAUGCGACGUUCAAGUGCGAUGUCUUGGUCCAGUGGCCAAGGGACAGUAACCUCCAUGUCAACGAAAAGCCCAUCACAAACCGUAUCUGGAUCUAAUCCCAGUCUUCCUCCACACGCCCCCUCUCAUCACUCUGACGAACGAGAUGAUAGCCAGUUACGGACAACCUUAGCCCUCCUUCAAACUUUCCAUGCCCACACAUUAUUCCAAUUAUCAAUUUUGGAAUCGUUCCUUUCUGCACCCGAGGAUCGUGACGGAAAUAACAUUGUGUUAACACCAAAGGAUGUUCUUACCUUUGAACUUGGGCCGUAUAGUACCUCUGACGAGCAAUAUCUGGAAUGGCUAGCUCGGGAGUAUGGGGGCGGCUCCAACAUUAUGAUCAAGCGAAGUUGGAAGGAUCUAUUCGGGAUAGUGUUUGGUUAUGGUUGAAUAUUUGCAUGUCCACGCAUUGAGAACGAGGUGGAAGUGUUGGUGUCCAACGACUUAGAUACUUAUAUCCCUUGUGCACGCGUUCAGAUACCCAACCGAUUUUGAAAACCAUCUGAUGCGAUAAAAAGUUAUGAUGAUAUACAUAUAUAUUCACAAUUUGCGAACACG